ACAAUAAACUACACAUCCCAGAAUGCAUGUCUGGCGGAAGUGCCCGCCCAUUUUGAGCACAUGACUUGUGGUACUCCAGUGAGUCACAACAACAGAGACGUUUGUUGUGUUGUACGGUUAAUUGUACUGUCUAGCUAGCAUUGUUUCUGUCGCUUGUUGUGUAGAGUUAUUUCUAACAUGAAGCUGCAGUGUUUCGUCGUUGCCGUGUGCCUCAGUGCGGCUGUAAUGGCGGGGAAAUACUCUCGGGAAGUGAACGAGCCCAAGCUGAGCAGCAGUGAUGGGCAGCCGGUGGAGUUCAGGAUAGCUAAACUGAACCAGGUGUGGGAGAAGGCUAAAAGGUCGCAGUUGUCCCCAGUGCGACAGGCUGAGCUGCACAGUGACCUGAAGAUCCAGGAGAAAGAUGAGCUGCAGUGGAAGAAGAUAAAGGUGGAGGGGCUGGACGAAAAUGGGGAGAAAGAGGCCCAGCUCCGUCGUAACUUCAAUGUGAUCCUGGCCAAGUAUGGAAUGGACGGGAAAAGAGACACCCGACCACUGGAGAGCAACUACCUGAAGGACCACGACACUAAAGAGGGAGACAUAUUUGAUGAGCCCAGACUGGACAAACUCUGGAACAAGGCCAAGAGCUCAGGGAAGUUCUCAACCGAGGAGUUGAUGAGUCUGAAGAGGGAGUUCCAGCAUCACAAGGACAAGAUCCACGAGUACAACAUCCUCAUGGAUACCGUCAGCAGGACGGAGGAAAUACACAAGAAUGUGAUUUCUCCCCUGGAGGGCGACGCCAAAGAGCAUGUGCUGCACCAGAAACACACAGACCUGAAGCACAAAAUGAGAGACCUCAACCAGGGCUUUGAGCGCCUCCGUAAGCUCAGCCACGAGGGCUUCACUGAAGACAGCGAGUUUCGGGAGCCCCGUGUGAUUGAACUGUGGGAGGCUGCCAAGAGAGCCAACCUCACCGAAGAUGAGCUGGACUCUCUCAAGGAGGAGCUGCGUCACUUUGAGACCAAGGUGGAGAAGCACAGCCAUUACCAGGAGCAGCUGGAGCUUUCCCACCAGAAGCUGCGACACGUCGAGUCUUUGGGAGACAAAGAGCACAUCAAGAGGAACCAGGAAAAGUACGAGACACUCGCUGAGAAGACCAGAGAGAUGGGCUACAAGAUGAAGAAACAUAUGCAGGACUUGUCCAACAAGAUCUCUCGUGAGGGUCUGCAGCACAAUGAGCUCUGAGAGGCUCACAUCAUCAAGGUCCAAUGAACUGAAACUAUUCCCACAACACAGGCUACAUUCCCCCAACCCCCCCAACUACUGUAAAAAAACAAAAUCUGUGUUUUCUACUUUUCUAGUGUUAUUAGUCGUUGAUAUUUCUUUUUUAAAUCAUUGAAUGAA